AUCCCUUUUAAUUUUUUUUUAUUUUGGUGAGAUAUUGAAAUCCGUCGUCGCCGAGUGGUACCAUCUGCAAAGCUCAACCCAGUGUGAACGCGCAUACUUGCCAACGCCGUGUUACAUAAUUUAAUUAAAGGAAAAAGUUAAAUAUCGGUUUGUGUGAGUAUAUGGGUGUAGAUAUUGAUCCAUUAAUUAGCGUGCGCAUUGCAAAUAUAUCUACAACCAACUGUGCAUAGUGUAAAUAGUGAAUGCAGAUGGAAAGCUCCAUUCUUGCAGUUUGUGAACAGUCAUAAUAUUUGGAUUACACAUUCCGGAUCGGUGCGCCGUGAAAUCUCCGGAUCAUUUCAUGGCUCGCAGGAAGAGAAUCUCGCAUUAGCAUCAGGAUCCCCCGGUACACGCGUUCACCUUUAGCCGAGCCCCAGAUUUCCGGGCCAUAAUCUUAACCCAUCGAAAACCAACUUCCCCGCAAAGCACACUCACACACACACACGCACAGCACCGGAAUCCGAAAAUCCCCUCCGAAGCCAAAUCUUCGAUAAGAGAUGCUCAUCGACAGAAAGUUUCAUUAUUAAUUUUCCGCCCACCAACCACGCCCAAAUACCGCAUUACACCCUCGCAGGUCUCGAAACACAUAUGCGGGGCAAAAAAAUCCUGGAAAAACAACACAAGUGGUCGUUGUUUGCCUCCCCCGUCGGGAUUCCGCUUUUCCGAACGAAGCAAAAUACAUAUUGACUCCUGCUUGUGAACAAACCGACAUCAACGACGACACCAUCAACAACAACAACAACAACAACAGCAGCAUUUUCAGGAAGGGAGCGAAAUUCGCAAUUAAACUUGAUUUAGGAACCGAAGCGAUUAAAGAGGGCACUCUCGUGUUCGCGGGAAGGAUUUAAGGCUUCUGCUCAUCGCCGGUUUCGUUCCAGGCGUUAGCAUGUGAGUGUGCAUGUCUGGGGGGUGAUUAAAGUAGGAUUGGCGUGACGAACGAGGUGGAAGGUGCGUGGGCGUUGAGCCGGUUUUAAACCGUCGUGGAGUGAGCGGAUGGCGAAAGUGAAAGCGCCGUGAGGCUGAUUCUCCAUUUGUUUGAUUAAAUUCGGUGUCGGUGAUUCCCGCGCCGCCCGAGGAGUGAAGGUGAAGAAGAAGAAGAAUAAGAAGAAGAACGAGCAGCAAAAAAUAGAAGCAGGAAAGGUGCAUCGGUUAGUGUUGUGUCCCAGGUGAAUGAGAGUUAUUCUCGGAGAGUGAUCGCUUUCGAGAAACUGGAUGCCCCCGACUGCUGCCGCCUGUACGGGUGAAUUAAGGGAAGGAAGAAAGUAAUAAAAGUGGAACUUUGGUCGUGGAAUGAAAGACGGCGGAUAACAGGACGGGCUGAGCUUUCUUCUCUAGGCCGGGAUCCGAGGGUUUUGGGCGAUUGACGGUUCGGGACGGUUGACGAAAGUGUAAGUGAAUGAGUGAGUGAAUGAGUGAAAAGCGGAGAAUUAAAUUGGUGGUGAAAUUUAUCGGAUUAUGGGGCCGGAUCAGAUUAAGUAAAAGGGAGCAGUGAAUGCCGGAAGAGGGGGAGAUCAAUUGAAUCAAUUGAAGGGAGAUUGAAGAAGAUUAAUUAGUGAAUUGAGAUUCAAAUUGGUGGGACGUUUGCAGGGGACAUCGAACGAAGGCCUAAGAAAGAGACGUGACUGAAGGUUUCCCCCCUCCACUCGACGCACUGGAAAGCCAUCAUCGUCAUUGUUCAACUCGAUACUUUGUGUACAACUUUGAAGAAGUCUUCAAAGUACAUAUAAAUACGUUGUAGGAAAAGAAAAGGUUCCGGAUAGCAGCGAAGCAAUAAGCUCCAGUUACUUUUCAACACAAAACGCAAUAACAAUGGCUGCCACAUUGCGAUCCGGAGGUUUGCAUCACGCUUCCUCGCUCGGAAAUAUAGAAGCUUCCACCUCACAGUCGAACACAAAUCUAGCCGCUCGGAGCUACGAUUCUGAGGAUGAAAAUAUGGGUAGGAAAAAAGGACGCCCUUUCGACACGGGACCCGGCUCGAGAGCACCCGUCUACUCGAAGGGAGAUAUCCGCGAACAGUACUGUUUGACAGACCGACAGCUCAACUCGAUAGAGCAGCCGCGGAGGGAGCGAUUUUUCGGCUGUUGGUCCGGACGGAAUGCACAUCAGUCCUUUCUGGGGGUGUGCGUGGGUCGAAGGGCGCCGUCCGAUGAGAACCUCACAGACUACGCACCGAUGCAGCGGUAUCCCAGAUACAUCAACCCGGGUCCAAUCACGAAAUCCAUCCUGCAGCAGUAUGACGAUGAGCUGGACAAUACGUACUUUCGGCGGAAACCGACAUCGUUCCUGGCGGGGAGUGGCGGUGGAGGAGCGGGGGUUGCGAUGGUAACUGGGAGCAGUGCCACGCUGCCGGCCGGAGAUGCGAGGCGGUGCACCUGGAUGCCAAUGGACGACGAAGCCGUGCGGAUAGAGGGACCAAGACUGUAUCGAUGUCCGGCGCAUUCGGAUCUUCCACCGGCGCCACCACCGCCGAACGUUGGCCUUAUCGAUGGCGUUGCAGGCGGACCACCGAGAGUGCUACAUGGCAGGUUGAUAUGA